AUGCACGUCCACGUCGUGAACGAGCUGAGCGGCGGGCGGGCCGUGACGGUCCACUGCAAGUCCAAGAACAACGACAUGGGGGUCCACGUCGUCCCGCCCGGGUCCGAGUACCAGUGGCGGUUCCGGCCCAACAUCUUCGGCAACACGAUCUUCUGGUGCCACGUGGCGAAGGGGAAUGUGGAGGUCGUGUUCGAUGCGUUUAACGAGGAGGAUAAGGACCCCUGGGAGAGGAUUCACAUGGACAACACGUACUGGGUCGCCAGGGACGACGCCGUUUAUCUCCGCCAGUUCUGGAAGAACAACAACAUGGUUUUCUGGCGUAAAUGGCCCUGA